AUGCAUUCCACAAUACUUCCCUUGUUGACCACUUUGGUCUCGUCUGCGGCAGCUGAAACCGUGCUGGGAGUAUAUAUCUUCUCUCGCCAUGGGGACAGAACUGCAAAGUCAACGCCACCUUCCAGCUUGACCGACCUUGGUUACGCUGAAGUCUUCACCUCUGGAUCGUAUUACCGAAAUCGCUAUGUCGCAGACGAUGCCUCUCGCCAGAUCUACGGUCUGAAUACCGACGUCGUCAAACAAUCUCAAAUAACAGCCUCCGCGCCCGCCGAUGCUGUGCUGCAGAACUCUGCCAUGGGGUUCUUGCAAGGGCUUUACCCACCAGUUGGACCAACGUUGGGCUCGAGCACUCUUCGCAAUGGCACCGUUGUUGAGUCUCCGUUGAGUGGCUAUCAACUCAUCCCACUCGAACAAGUGACCACGGGCGCAAAUAGUGAGAACUCUGCAUGGCUGCAGGGCGCCACGAACUGUGCCAACGCUCAAAUCUCCUCCAACAACUAUUUCACGUCCUCUCAAUAUUUGACCACCUUGGCGAACACUCACGAUUUUUACAAUGGCCUGUCUCCAAUGAUUAACCUCACUUUCGCACCUGGCCAGACCAGCUUCAAGAAUGCGUACACCAUCUUUGAUCUGCUCAACGUCGCAUCCAUCCACAAUUCAAGCACGAAGUUCCCCAACGCUGACCUCCUUACCCCAGAGACAUUUUUCCAGGCACGUACUCUGGCCGAUCAGCACGAGUUUGGCCUUGCUUAUAAUGAGUCCGAUCCCAUCCGUGCGGUGACUGGUUCUAUCAUCGCAGGAGAAGUCGUCGAAGCUCUGAACAACACAAUCACGGGUAAUGGAAAGAACAAAUUCAACAUUCAAUUCGGAGCGUACGCUGGUAUGAUGUCGUUUUUCGGUCUGGCCAACUUGACAUCUGUCGACGCGGAUUUCUAUGGCGUGCCAGAUUAUGCUAGCAGCUUGUCGUGGGAACUAGUCACCAAUGCCACAGUGAAUGCGUCUUCCUUCCCUAGCGAAGACGAUAUCAGUGUCCGAUUCUAUUUCCAUAAUGGCACCACCAGUGCGAGCUCAGAGCCACGUGAAUUCCCACUUUUUGGAACCGGUCGCAGUCCGCUUCCAUGGAACGAAUUUGCUAGCAAAAUGGGCACCUUCAGCAUUUCUGGGCAGAAGCAAUGGUGUACAGCUUGCGGCAACAGUACGGGAGUCUGCUCGUCCAGCGCACUGGGAGGUGGAGACGCGAGUGCAGGUACCAGCUCAGCCGGUUCCAGCUCCGAUAAUACCGGGAACGGAGGAAUUUCCAAGGCUGUUGCAGGAGUCAUCGGAGCCAUGGUCACCUUGGGGGUUGUCCUUGGCAUUGAACUCUUUAUAUUGUUGGCUGGAGGACUCAAACUUGUAAGCAAGAAGAGGCUGGCAAGAACUACAAGCAUCGACAGCGCACCACCUGGCAUGGGAAGAGGUCAUGUCGGCGCCAAAGUGUAA